UUAUUUAAAAGCGUACUAUCUCUUUACGUAUAAUAAGUAAGUGAUAAUUAUAAAUUAUUAUUUUAAAUUAAUAAAUAAAUAAUGGAGAAUCCAAUCGUCCAAGUUCAGCAAGGCAAGCUACGAGGUAUUAAAGAGCGCAAUUAUAAUGGAAAUAAUUAUUACGCAUUCCGAGGUAUUCCGUACGCGAAACCGCCGAUUGGAAAAUUACGAUUUAAGGAUCCUGAGCCAGCGGUAUCAUGGUCUGGUAUCAGAAGCGCUACAAAGUAUGGUAAUAAAUGUGCACAAAUAAACUGGUUUACACAGAAAAUUGAUGGAAGUGAUGAUUGUCUUUACCUGAAUGUGUUUACGAUGGAAUUAAAUCCAAGUGAAGCAAAAGCUGUCAUGUUUUUUAUUCACCCUGGAAAUUUUUCUUUUGGAUCUGGGAGCGAUGAACUUUAUGGUCCGGAUUUUAUCGUUGAAAAAGAUGUUGUUUUAGUGACGAUAAAUUACCGGGUUGGAAUACUAGGUUUUCUUAAUUUGGAUGAUGAAUCAGCAUCUGGUAACCAGGGCUUAAAAGACCAAGUGAUUGCGCUGAAAUGGGUUCAACAGAAUAUUGAUAAAUUUGGAGGUGAUCCAAAUAGUGUUACCAUUUUUGGAAGCAGCGCUGGAGGUUCUUCAGUCCAUUACUUAUCUCUAUCGCCGUUAACGCAAGGGCUAUUUCAUAAAGUCAUUUUACAAAGUGGAGUUGCAACAAAUCCAUGGGCGACAGUACCGCAUUCAAUGAAAGAAAAAGCCAUUGAAAUAUCAUCAAUACUGGGGAAUAAAAUAACAGAUUCAAAAGAACUUGUCGAUUAUUUACAAAAAACUGAUGUGCAACUUUUGCUUAAGGCAGCAGCAUCACUUCUAUCUUGGGAGAACAAAUACUUGUCUCUUAAUACGUUUGGGCCGUCAGUUGAUCAUAAAUCCAAAACGCCGUUUUUGUCGAUUCCAAUUGAAGAUGCCGUUAAGUCUGGCAUCAAAAUACCUUGUAUUAUUGGUAUGGCAAGCCAUGAAGCUAUUAUUACACUUGCAGGACUAAAUGAAGAUAAUUUAUCAGAAAUAGCGGCCAAUCAAGACACAUUAUUACUGCACCCAAACGUUAAAUGUUUUUUACAACGCCACAAUAUUUCAGUUAGUCAUGUUAAAAAAUUUUAUAUGGGUGAUGAAAAAAUAUCAUUAAAAAAUAAACAACUUUUUGUAGAUUUUAUAAGUGCGACAAAUUUUGUAAUUAAUAUCCAUCAUAUUAUUGAUAUUCAACGUAACAAUUUGAGUGUACCAACUUAUUUCUAUAGAUUUGAUUAUUAUUCAAAACAUACUUCAACUAUGCAAAAAAUUUUGCGCACUGAUCUGAAAGGUACUUGUCAUUGUGAAGAGGCAGGAUACUUUUUUAAUAUGAAAUUUUAUAAAAAAAUUGGAAUAGAACCACCUGUUCCUGGUACAAUAGAAUAUUUUAUAAAAAAAAAUUUUCUUGAAUUAUGGACAACUUUCGCUAAAACAGGAAAUCCGAAUCCUCAGUCACCAGAAUCGAUGUCUGUUGAAUGGAAACCCAUUGACAACAAUCCUACAGAGCAUAAUUGUCUUAAAAUAUCUAAAGAUCUUCGGAUGAUAAAAGAGAAAAAUUUGCUUUACCAAUUCAUGAAUAAUAUUUAAUAGUAUAUUACACACCAUGGGAGGAAAAUAGUGUAAUUGCGUACCCAAGCCGAUAGCAAGGGUGGCAAACACGCGGUAUGGAACGUUCUACCUUUCUUCGUGGUACCUUUCUUCAUCAUCAGAUGACUAGAUAAUUAGUAAUAAUUGAGUCCCUUCUGCUACUUUACAUCCACUUAUUUGCUACACUUAGUAUUGAAAUAAAAAAACAAUUGUCACAAAAAUUGAUUAAAAACGAAAAUAAAUCACUUCAAAUAAAACUACUAAUUAAUGGCAAAUUAAUUGAAUAAAAACUAAUCAA